UCAAUUCAAUUUCUAUGCUAUUUUGUGCAUGAUCCAAUGCACUUUAUUUAUUUCUUAUGAUUUAUUUGUAAAUGAUAAGUUUGUAUUACAAGUAUAAUUUAUUUAAACUAUUUUCUAGGAUCUCACAUAAAAUUAGCAAUUUAUUUUAACCAUAUGCAAUGUUACUUGCUUUGCUUUAGUACUAGUAAUGGGAUUUCUCUUGGGAUUUCAUUUAUAUCAUAUUGCUUAAAACAUUACAACUAUUGAAUACCACAUUAAUGAAAUAAAAACAAAUGUAUAUAACACAUAGAAAAUACUCUUAGAACCCUUUCAAAAAACCUAGAAUUAUUGAUAACUAUAAAGAGGUCUUUGGUCCUGAUAUUAAGUAUUGGUUCCUUCCGAUGAGAAAUGCAGAAAAAAGUGCAUUCCCUAGAACAGACCUUUUUGAAGUUUGA